AUGCUACCCGUUCGAGCGUCUGUAAUAUGCGAACUCACCUUUCCCUCUGCCGUUCUGGCCGUCCGCCUCAAUCGAAAGCGCCUAGCCGUCGUGCUGGAGGAAGAAAUAUAUUUGUACGACAUUAGCAACAUGAGCCUCCUGUACACCAUAACAACAUCUCCAAACCCAUCUGCCAUAUGUGCGCUUUCUCCGUCGUCAGACAACUGCUUUAUUGCCUACCCACUCCCGAAACCUAGGGAGGAUUCCGACAAUAGGCGACCCUCACAUGCGCCGCCCCAGUCAACUUACGUGGCACCAACUUCAGGGGAGGUUCUUGUAUUUGACACAUUGUCCCUGAAAGCGGUAAAUGUAAUCGAAGCCCAUCGUUCGCCGUUAUCCUGUAUAUGUCUGAAUAGUGACGGCACACUGUUGGCAACGGCAAGUGAGACUGGAACAAUAAUUCGCGUCUUUUCUAUCCCAAGAGGGCAGAAAUUAUACCAGUUUCGUCGAGGAACAUACCCUUCAACCAUCUACAGCAUGUCCUUCAAUCUCAGUUCCACUCUUCUCUGCGUUUCUUCAACUUCUGAUACCGUACAUAUCUUUCGACUGGGAACACCGCCUGGCCACACUACCCCUGGAGGUGCACCAAUUGAAGCCCCUGGUUCCCCAAGACAGGACCGUUGGUCACGAGCUAGGAGCUACGACGAUGGAGAGUCACCUGGAAACAGCACAACAGAAUCCCCAAGAAGCGACGCAGCGGAAUUGGCAGGUGGAAAUACGGUUUCGAGUGGAGGCAAGCAGGGCCAUCGAAGGCAGAGCGGCUCAUUCAGUAAUAUGCUGCGUCGCUCAUCACAAAUCAUGGGUCGUGGUGUGGCUGGUGUUGUUGGUUCUUACCUCCCUCAAACUGUCACGGAAAUGUGGGAGCCACUCCGUGACUUUGCAUUCAUCAAAAUACCUAAACCAGGAGUGUCGGGGCAAACGCCGCGCAUAGCCGGAAGCUCCCAUGUUGGGCCACUACGAAGUGUAGUGGCAAUGAGCAGUAGCAGUCCUCAAGUCAUGGUCGUAACGAGUGACGGCGGCUUCUACGUUUAUAAUAUCGACAUGGAGAACGGAGGAGAGGGAUACCUUGUUAAGCAAUUUUCGUGA